UGCUGGCAAAACCUGUCUUGGAAUACACGGGUUGUAUACACGGGAAAUAUCUAUUUCACCAUGUCUAUUAUCGUGAGGAACUUUCAGAAGUCGGUGGCCUUUAAUCUAGAAAAGAUGAGAACUGACUUGAAAGCACUUCGUCGAAUUCUUCGCGCAGAAAGAUUUGAUGUUUCAGUGAUAUGCGUGGAAGAUAAAGACAUCAGAGAAAUGAACAGGAUUUAUCGGGCCACAGAUGAACCUACGGACGUUCUCGCGUUUCCUGCCCACGAGAAUUUAAAGCCAGGACGACUGCCAGACCCCUGGAGUGACUUAGCAGACUUGGGAGACAUGUUCCUUGGGAUGGAGUAUAUUGAAAGGGACUGUGCCAAACACAGCUCAAAUAUUGAUGAUGUCCUGCCGGUUAUCGUGACCCAUGGCCUCUGUCACCUAAUUGGCUACAAUCAUAAGUCACAAGAACAAUGGAAAAUGAUGUAUGAUCGAGAGUUACAAAUCCUGGAACAGUUCAAGAAGUUGACCGGUCAAGAUCUCCAACCACUGACUGGACGUUCCGAUUUCCUUCAGGCUAAUCAUAUAGACCAACAGAAUCAGAGCCAACCUACUCAGAUCUAAGAACAGUGCAAUUUAUGUCUCUUUUCUUUUCUCUCUAUGUCUGUGUCUAUCUCUUUUUCACUUGAUCUUUCUCUCUCAUCCCGUUCUCAUAACUAAAAUUGGAAACCAGUCUAACGUGUAAUAUUGAAUGGGAAUGCUUGAAGCGGUCUUGGAAGUGUUGAUAUAAAAUGUGGUCUUCCAAACCAGUUUGGAAAGCCUCCUCGCGAUGUGAUUUUCAAGACCGCUUGGCCUCGUUAAACUUGUUUAACUUUAAUAAGCAUACAUGUAGGUGAUGACGCAAUCAUUCUUGAGAAGCGAUCUUCACACGAAACUACAGGGAAAAAUGACAUUUCAUUGAUUUUUUAACCAUUAGCUAUGUAGUAAUACUGCUCUCAUAUGACGUCACAAAUGAAAUAAUUAAAAUUGUAAACUCUUUAUUUCUUUGAUGGUUUUUUUCUCAAGCCUUUGGCAAUGGUUUUAAUCAUUUUUAUCUGAUAUUUUUUUCAAUAAACGUUUUUUUUCAGGGCGAACUUCCCCUUUUAAUGCCUUUUUUUAUUGUCAUCAUCUACUUCCCUCUCUUUUUCUUACUCUUGAACCCCUCAAGUUCUCUCUUUCACUCUUUUUCUGUCUCUGUCGCACGUCUUUGAAAUAAAAUUCCAUUGUUUUAAAAAUACCUUGAGUAUCAUGUUGAAAUAAACAUUUUUUUAUUAAAUCCUCACCAACAAUUGUUCUCUAAUUUCUCUGCUUUAUUAAAAUCAACUUCUUAUAUCAGGGUGAUCUUUCCCUUUAACAAUGCCAUAGGAUAGAUGUUGCAUGGCUUAAGUUAAUCCAUGUCAUUCAAGGCCUGUUUUGGGAAUGUCUGGGUGGAAACAUUUUUGCGUGUUUGUAGUUAUUCUGUAUUUUGGAGUGGGUACUCAGAGUACCCCUUCCAUUUUAAGAACUCUCAAUUUUUGCCAAAAGCAGAACAUCUCCUUUCAAUGCAAAAAUAUUUGUGCAUAAAUGUUAAGAGAGUUCGAGCCUAUUUUUGCACCAUUGCAGGGCCCCUAUUUCAACUCUGGGUGACCUACAUGUACAUGUAAUUAAAUCAUUUUAACCUUUACAUCUUAGCUAAAAUAUUAGGUACACUGUACAUGUACCAGUAUGGUAUGUUUUUGCACAAUAUAUACAUUGUAGAAGGUAUGAGGUAAUACCUUCUUGCAUUGGUGUAAGGUUUAAAACUACAUUAGCACAUCUGUCAUUGCCGCAUUGAAACCUGGAAUAAACACUGGGUUUUGAGCUACAUGUAAAAUGUGAUUGUUGUAAUUUAAUACACCCUGGCCCAAAUAGAGUUUUAGGCCUGAUAUUGCAAUUAUUAUUCUAUACACCCAAAUAUGGUGUUUUGCAUGCAUAAUUACGUAAAUGAUAGUUAUUUCAUACACCUGAAUGUGGUAUCAAGCUAGUCUGCAAGCACAGUCUCUUAUUUGGCCGUGUUUAUGCUUCCACUUUUCAGGCCAGAAUCAGCGUUUCCAAGCG